CAGGGUCGCUCCCAAAUCAACACUUCAGCAUUCAAACCGGAGGGCUUGGAACAGCUCCCGGGUUGCAAGGCAAUUUUUAUUUUGGGCAUUGGAAGGCACCCACAGCAAAUCAACGGGGGAUUCAGAGGACUGCCUUCUUGUCGCCUAAAUGUAAUUGAGGCAAUUUUUUCUGGAGUCGUCUGCUGGGUUUUUCCUGGAAGGCUCUGCCGGAGGCCAGCUUAUCCAUCAGAACAUACCAGAUUCUGAGAAGGGAAGGCUAUGCUUUUUGUUAUCUUGAAGUAAACCUCUAGAGGGUUCCUGCAAAUCAGGCCAAGAUGACCAAGAGUGAAGAAGUGCUGGACAGCCAAACGUCCGGGGAGUUUUAUGAGAAAUACGAGCCAAAGGAAAUCUUAGGAAGGGGAGUCAGCAGUGUUGUCCGGCGUUGUAUUCAUAAAGUCACCAGACAAGAAUACGCCGUGAAAAUUAUCGACAUCACGGCUGGGAAUCUGUCUCCAACAGAAGUUCAGGACCUGAGGGAGGCCACUCUGAAAGAAAUAGACAUCCUCCAGAAGGUGUCCGGACACCCAAACAUUAUCCAGCUGAAGGACAGCUUUGAAUCCCACACCUUCUUCUUCCUGGUGUUUGACCUAAUGAGGAGAGGGGAGCUUUUCGAUUAUCUCACAGAGAAGGUGACUUUAAGUGAGAAGGAAACCAGAAAGAUCAUGCGUGCCCUUCUGGAAAUCAUACGGUACCUCCAUGCCAUGAAUAUUGUCCACAGAGACCUCAAGCCGGAGAACAUCCUACUAGACGAUAACAUGAAUAUCAAACUGACUGACUUUGGCUUCUCCUGUCAGCUGCGGGGAGAUGAAAAACUCAAAGAGAUCUGUGGAACUCCUGGCUACUUGGCUCCUGAAAUACUAGAAUGUUCCAUGGAUCCAGACCAUCUAGGUUACGGGAAGGAAGUUGACAUGUGGAGUACGGGGGUCAUCAUGUACACCCUGCUGGCUGGCUCGCCCCCCUUCUGGCACCGGAAACAGAUGCUGAUGCUGAGGAUGAUCAUGAACGGAGACUACAAGUUUGGCUCCCCGGAGUGGGACGAUCAGUCGGACACUGUCAAGGACUUGAUCACCCGCUUCUUGGUGGUGAAGCCACAGAACCGCUACACCGUGGAGGAUGCUCUCACCCACCCGUUCUUCCAGCAGUAUGACGUGGAGGAAGUCCGACAUUUCAGCCCCUUCCGGAAAUUCCGGGUCAUCUGCUUGACCGUCCUGGCAUCGGUACGGAUCUACCUCAACUACCGCAAUGUCAAGCCGAUCACCAGGGACGUGAUGCAGCGAGAUCCCUACGGCCUGAAGCCAGUCCGCAAACUGAUUGAUGCUUGCGCCUUCCGGAUCUACGGCCACUGGGUGAAGAAGGGUGAAGCUCAGAACCGGGCAGCUCUCUUUGAAAACACCCCCAAAGCCAUCCUGCUCAGCUUAGCGGCAGAGGAAGAGUUCUCCUGAGUUCAAACACAUUGAUGGUGGGGAGAAGCUUCCUAAUGUGUGAAUAGCUAAGGCAAAAUGCUGUUAUUUAUUUACAUUUUUUAAAGAUCCCAUCUUUCCUGCAAGUUGCUCAGCUACAUCGCCCACUCACCAUUUUUUAUCUUCCCUGCAACCCUGCGAGGUAGAUUAGGGGAAGCUAUCUCCCAGUGAACUUUCACAGCCGCGUGGGAGAUUUGAACCCCAAAUCGUCCCAGUUCUAGUCUGGCAAACCAACCACUAUACCACAUGGUCUCAUUAUAUACACUUUCCUAAUUAAACACUCUGAGACUCACCGAAAUCAUAAAGAUAGCAGCUACCUAGAAACUUAUAUUGCACAAUUUUGUGUUUAUUCCCUUCCCUUGAUUUGUUAAAGUAAGUCAUUACAAUUGCUAGCUUCCCCCAUCCUAAGGGCAGGUGAUAGAAGAAAAGAAUGCAGGGUGAUAUAUGCUGGGACACAAGAUAUUUCCAACAAGUGGUAAACCCAAGGCAUUAAAGCUCAAUAAAAAGUUGCAUGACAGGAAGAAGUUCAACAGGGUCUCUGGAGAAAUUCAACAAGUGAAGUAGUCUCCUCUCUCGGCGUAUGGCUACUUAGGAGGCAGAGAAGCCGCUCUCCUGGAAGGAGUCCAGAGGCCCUCAAACAUCUUAUAAAUACAGAAUUCACUGUCACAAGAAGACCAGACAAAUUCAUGGAGGAGGAGAGGUUUCUAACAGCCGUUAGCCAGGAGAGAUGGAUUGAGCUUCCAGCAUCAGAGGCAGUCUACCUCAGAAUACCAGAUGCUGGGGAACAGCAACAGGACGGGGUGGUGGUGAGGGACUGGCUCUGGCUUUCAAGUCUGGCUUCUGGGGUUCCUGAAGGCAUCUGUUUGGCCAGUGCUUGAGAUACUGGACCAGAAUUGUGCCUCCGCCUCCUCCAGCUAACCUGCCAGACUCUAGAAUGUAACUGCCCCUUUAUGUCUGUGUCGCAAUGCAAAGCGUCUGUCAAGCAAGGCUGAGGAAAAGUGUGUAUGGGGGGGAAUGCUGAUUAACCUAAUACCAAAGAAUAACAGAGAAGAGGCUCUAGUGUUGGCCCAAGUUAGCUCAGGGGGCGAGGCGACUCUGUGCAUUGGGAAGGGAUUGCUUUUCAUAAAAAAACCCCCGCUCAUACCAUCUAUUUUAAGAAUCAAUAAAUGUGCUUUAUUUA